AUGAAUAACCCAAGAUGGAGUUCCGGUGCACCUUCAAGAACUACUCAAAUGACUUUAAAAGAACAAGAAAGGGAAAGACAAAAUAAAAAUAACAUGGCACCUGAGGAAAUGGAAAAUGCGUUAAAAGAGAAUUUAGAGAUCAAACUUCAAAAUCAUGAAUUAAAAUUAGAAUUUUCACGUUAUAAAAAAUUAUAUUCGGAAUCAGAAAAGGAAGUUGAAGCACUCAGGAAACAAUUAGUUGAUCAAAAUAAUCACAUAAUGGAACAAAAUUCUGAUGGUUCACAACACAAUGAUGAUAUUUUGGAUGAUGAUCGUGACAUUACAAUAAUAAGACUUAAAGAAUCUACAGAUAAAGCUGAAAAACAAGCUAUAUUUAUACAAGAAUUAAAAGGGCAAAUUUCAAUUCUUAAAACACAACUUUAUGCAAAAGAAAAGGAAAGUGAAAAUUUAUCAAAUGAAUUGGAAUCAAUAAAAAGUCUCUCUGUAAAUACAGCAUCACCACAUGGUGACAUUCCUUUAAAUGGUGAUUUUAGUGAACAAUAUGAAGAUGUGAAUAAAGUUGCGGAACUAACGUUACAACUUCAUGAAAAAGGUACAGAGGUGGAACAAUUGGCAAUUGAAUUGGAAGAUGGCAAUAUGAUACAUUCAAAUACUGUCCAAGAUAUUGCUGAAGAAAUGAUGAGGAUAGAAAAAGAAAAUGCUAUUCUAAGAGAUGAGCUUGAAAUGUUACAUACGGAACAUGAACAAGUAUUACAAGAACUUGAUUUAAUACAUCAUGGUAAUCAUACUCAAGAUAUACAUCAUAAAGAAAUAAUAGAUGAAUUGACAUCUCAACUGGAAGAUAAUAAACAUGAAAUAGGAGAAUUACAUCAAUUACUUGAAAAGAAUCUAUAUGAAUUGGAAAAUAAAUCCAAAGAAUUACAAGAAUUACGAGAAUCUUUUGAUAAGUCGAAAUUUCAAAUUAGCAAUUUAGAAUCAUUAAUCAUAAAAAAGGACGAGGAGAUUGUUGAUUUACAAAAUCAAUUGGAAUCUAAAUCUAAGGAUGCAGAAUCUGAACAAAAAUUACAAGAAGAAGUUAUUUCUGAUUUAAAAAAAAAACUUUCAUCAAAUAAAGCUAAAAUUACUGAGCUGACUUCAACCAAAGAGUCAACUAGUAAACAAAUAAAUCUUUUACGUCAAGAAAUAGAAAAUUAUACAGCUCAAAUAGAAGAAUUGAAGCAAAGUUUGGAUUAUGAAAUUGAGCAUCGCAAUAUAGCUGAAUCACGAGAAAAUGAAUUGAUUGUUGAAAAAAAUCAUGAAAAAGAAAAUCAUGAAAAAGAGUUGGAAAAAUUACGUAAAGAAAAGAAAGAAAUCGAGAAACAAGAAGAGCAAAAGAUUAAUGAAUUGAAUGAGAAAUUAACAGUAGCACAACAGCAAAUUUUAGAUCUUAAUAUGAAUAUAGAAGAACGUGAUGCCGAUUUACAAUUUGUUAGGCAGCAGCUUAACAAACAAAGUAGUCGAACAAAAGAUACAACUGAACGUUAUUUGAAGGAACAAGAACGGCUCCGAUCUGAAUUGGAUAUAGCACGUCAAGAAUCAGAACAAUUAAGUACUCAAUUGGAAAAUCUUGGUGAUGAAUUGGAAAAUAAGAAAAAUACUAUUAUCGAAUAUGAAAAUGAAGUUAAACAUUUGAACAAUAUGAAGAAUAAGUUGAACGAAAAAUUUUUAUCAAGUGAAAAUGCCCGAAUAAAAGCCGAAGAACAAUUUAGAAAUCUUCAAAUGGAUACUCGUGAUAAAGAUUCUACUAUCGAUGAAUUAAGAUCCCAAGUAGCAAAUCUAGAAAACAAUUUAUCACAGGAGAAAAAAACCCAGCAUCGGGAUCAAAUUAUUGAACGUAAUACAUUGUUGAUGACAGCAUAUCAAUAUUUGGAUGCUUUAAUGUCAGAUGGAAGUAAUAAACAAUCCAAUUAUCCUAAACCAUCAACCAACUUUAAACUUUUCCAUGAGCAACUUUUAUCUAAACUAAAAACAAUUAGUGCCGCUUAUAAUAAUUUUGAUAGUCGUGUUAAAGAAAUUGUUAUACGGUGGCAAGAACAAUACGAAUCCCUUAAAAAUCAAAUGGACCUUAAAAUAAGCCAUAUAGCUAAACUUGAAAAUGCUAUCAACAAGAUUGCAAGCAAUCAAGAACAUUGGAAAGAACAAGCCAGGAAAGCCCAAAAUGAACUUGAAAUAACAAAGAGUACAAACGAAGAACUUAAUGAUCAAAUGUCAAGUCUACGUCAACAACUUGAAGAAUUAAGAAAUGUAAAAUUACAUGCUAAUGAACUUGAAAAUAAGCUCAAGGAAGGCGAACGGCAAAUCAGAAUCAUUGAAUCCAAAUUCAAAGAUGAUGAAAGAAAAUGGGAAAUGAAACUUAAAGAUUUGGAGUUCAAGGAUAUGCAAUCCGUAGAACGAUUCAAAAAUGAAGCGCAAACUUCAAAGGAGAGAAUUGAUUCAUUAAAUGAAACUUUGAAAGAUAUUGAAACACAAUUACAAGCUCAAAUUCGUAGAAAUAACCAAUUACAAGAAUUGAACUCUAUACAAAAAGCUUCAAUGGAGGCAACCAAUGAAUCUAAAGCCAUUGCAGCAAAAGCAGAGAGCACUUUUGCAAUGCUUAACGAACAACUCAGAGAACAAAUGGAAGAAAAAAAUAAAACUAUUGAAAGUGAGCGACAAAGAAUUAAAAAAUAUGAAGAACAGUUUGAUGCUAUAGUGGAGGAACAAAAACGUUUGCAUGAUCAGAUUGGAAAACGUGAUGUUAUGAUUAAUAAAGCUCUCAGUGGAUUACAGUUGAUAAAUCAAAGAAAAGAUUUGAUGGAGAAUGCUAUAGUUCGUCAAUUAACAGAAGAGAUGCAAACUGCUCUUAUGUUAGAUGGAGAUAGUAAUCGUCGACAAGGUUAUCAGCCACCACAAUUUAUCAAUCCACCGUGGAAACCAGCAGGAUCGGGUAAUGGUUUCUCUUUAAUAAAAAAACCAAAAUCAACAAAUACCCCAGCUGCUUCAAAAUCAGCUAUACCUACAAUAUCAUCUUUGAGUAAAAAAACUUCACUGUUGGGAGGGUCAAACAUUGCAAAGCCUAGUAGUGGGUCCCGGUUGCCAAUAAGUGAUAAGGGUACUAAUAACAGUAAUAUCGCUAAUACUAACGGAUCCG